AUGUCUGUCCGGCUGGCUCUGCUCCUGGGGGCUGUGCUCUCUCUCCAUGCCUUCUUCAGCAUUUCAGACUCCACAGAGCUAAGAGUGAAGAGCCUGAGGAAGAAAAGAAGCCGCCCUCUGGACACCUUCAGUCUGGUCCGCAGCAACGCGGACUUUGCUGUCAGACUCUUCAAGCUCUUGGGUAAUCAGUAUCCCGGAACCAAUAUCAUCUUCUCCCCAUUCAGCGUGACCAUGGCCUUGGACUUCCUGGCACGGGGGGCCCACGGCCCCACCCGUACAGAGAUCCUACAGGGCCUCAAGUUCAACGUGACCAAAACCCCUGAGGCCGAUAUCCACUGGGUCUUCCAGAAGUUACUGACAAAUCUAAGCAAUCCCGGGAUGCCGUUGCAGUUGGACGUGAACAUGGCCAUAUUGCUGGACCAGAAGGUGAACCUGAAAGAGAACUUCAAGAAGGAGGCCCAGUUGUUGCACUCCGCUGACAUUGUCUCCACCAACUUCCAUGAUCCCGCUGCCGCUGGGAAGCGCAUCAGUGACUAUGUGAAGGAGAAAACCCAUGGGAAAAUCAAACCGGUGGUCAAGGACCUGAAAACAGAUACCAAGAUGGUCUUGGUGGACUCCUUCCUCUUCAAAGCCAAGUGGGAGACGCCCUUUCCCUCUGGUUUCGACUUCACUUCAACUUUCUUCUGGAUCCCGGGCAUCUGGGUGAAUGUACCCGGUAUGAGAAUUGAGAACAAGUUGACACUCUACUUCUGGGAUAAUAAGCACUAUAUCAAUGUUGUGAAGCUCCCAUACAUGGAUGGCCGCGCCAGCAUGUUGCUCAUCCUCCCUAACGUUGGCCGCAUGCCCAUACUGGAGGCUGAACUGAACGCAGAAAUGAUCUAUUUCUGGAGAAAAUCGGUGAAGCCAAGGAGGAUGACCCUGUGCGUGCCCAAGCUCUCCAUCUCCAGGAGCUACAACCUGGAGAAACUCCUGCCCAUGCUGGGCAUCACGAAGAUCUUCUCCCAGAAGGCGGAUUUCUCAGGCCUCACCACUGACAGGAACCUGAGACUUUCCCAGGUGAUCCAUGAAGUCGCAUUCAAUAUGGCUGAGAAUGGCACUGAAGAAGAUAUCUUCCGGCCACAGUCCAAAUUUAUUAUGCUAGAUGCAUAUUACAGUUUGAACUUCUGCAGGCCAUUCAUGCUGGCCAUCAUCUCUGAAGAAACACAUAACAUCCUCUUCCUGGGAAAGGUGCUAAACCCCAAGCAGGCUUGA